AAAUAAAAGUGGAGGGAAAAAGUAGUAAUCAAUGAAAAUGGGAUUAGCCUAAAAGCCAAAGCCAAAGCCAUUAGUUUUUUUUAUGUAUAUAGGAAAAUGAUAAUUUAAAAAGAAAAGAAGAGUAAUUAGGAAAACCACAUAAGAGAUGACACAUAUUGAAGAUAUCCUUUUCUUUACUUAGAGGCUUCAAGAAGGCCAAGUUAUAACCAUUAAGCUAUCCUAACCAACCACUCACUCCUUUUUCCCCUUAUUUUCUUCUCCUUAUUAAUAGCUAUACCUUGAAAACAUCAUCCAAAAAGACCCUUUCAAAGUAAAAAAAAGUUGAGAAUAAAUAAUGUGGCAGAAUCAUAGCCAAAAUUCUUCCUUUAGAGAAUCCAUCAAAGCCCUUGAAGCUGAUGUUCAACAUGCCAAUACUAUGGCAUUGGCUCUUCCCCGGGAUCUCGAUGGGGAUUGUGUUCAGAUGAAAGUUUCCUAUGGUUUUCUCGCCCCCUUCUUGCUAUUUCUGAUAGAAUGGAUGGACUAUAGUUGUUUAGAUACUCUAGCUAGUUGCUUAGGACUCCUUCACAUUCUUGUUUAUAAGGUUUAUGUUGAUGGAAUGCCAACAAUGCCCCCACAAGAAAGGAAGGCCACAAUUAGAGAAUUCUACGCCAUUAUAUAUCCUUCACUAAAGCAGCUGGAGGGGAAUUUAGUGGAAUUAAUGAAGGAGAAUACUAAAGUAACUCAACUCUUGAACACUUCAAAUGGAAGAGUGGAAGAGAAAAGACAGUCAUGUAAAAGUAUUCCGGGAGAAGAAGAAGAAUGUGGUAUAUGCAUGGAGAGUGGCUCCAAGAUAGUUUUGCCUAAUUGUAGCCAUUCCAUGUGUGUUGGCUGUUUCCACGACUGGUACAUCCGGUCUCAAUCAUGCCCUUUUUGUCGAGGUAGUCUAACGAGAGUAAACUCCAGAGACUUGUGGGUUCUAACUAGUGACUGUGAUGUGGUUGAUAGCACCACUCUAGAGCAGGAGAAUGUAAGGCGGUUCUACCUUUAUAUUGAUAAGUUGCCACUUGCCGUCCCUGACACCAAUGUAAUGCUUUACGAUUACAUGAUAUAGACUUGGAAGUGGAAGCACUAUAUCAUGCAUACAUGCUAGCUGACCUACUUCAGCUGAAUAAAGGGUCUAACUUGUAUUGUACAUAGUUAACGAAACUACUAGCUAGCUAUCCAUACUGCAAACUCAAAGCUACAGAGCCGAGGCGUCUGUGGAAUGACUAAUCUUCACACAUGUUUGCUCGGUGCAGUUAUGUGACGAGUUUGAGCUAAAUUAUGUAUAGAGUCAUGAAAGUAGAAAGUAUAGAGAUAUUCCUGACAUUCAACUCAGUUUUUUUUGGAACCUGAGUGUUGAAAUGGGAAGACAAAAGACUAAAUGUUUUUUGGCAAAUGCUGCUUGUUAUGCUUGUACAGUAUUUUACCAGUUAAAAUAAAGGAUGUAUGAUGGACCAUUAUAUCCCAAUGUUCAUUGAGGGGAAGAACCAAAUUGUUUAGUUGAAGAAACAGAAGGUAUAUAGCGGAAAACUCAUGGUUUAAACUUCGUUUGUUUAGUCAGAAAGGUAAGCGUAAGGUCUGUAUACUCCAGACUCCACUUGUAAGACUAUAUUGUUUAGUUUGUUAUGUUAUUGUUGUAUACAUGACAGAUUUGUUAAUGUAUUCCUAUGUAUAUGUGAUAUAUAAUAUAAAUGGUCUUUUUUUUUUUCCAA